AUCUUCCUCACUUCUUCAUCCUUCUUUCAUCUUUUUUUGCCCAUAUAAUAAUGGCGAAGGAGGAAGAUCUAAGUUCAUGCAACAGCUUCAUCGUCAAGCUCAGCAUCAUCACCAUCAUUUUUAGCUUCACUAUUUUCAUGUUAUUUGAUGAAAAUUUGGUACAAGGUACUUCGUCACCCGAAGGAGCUGUAGAUUUUCUCCUACCCGAGAUGGAAUUAGAAGUUAAAAUUGGUUCCAUAGGUAGUACAGAAGAAUGUGACCUUUUCAAGGGACAGUGGGUAUCAAACCCCUUAGGACCCUCUUACACCAACAAUACUUGUAAUUUUAUCGAUGACACGAGCAAUUGUCUGAAGAAUGGACGACCUGAUACUGGGUAUCUCUAUUGGAAAUGGAAACCAUACGAUUGUGAGUUGCCUCCAUUAGAUGCAGAUAAAUUCAUGAAGUCUAUGAGGGAUAAAUCUUGGGCAUUUAUUGGUGAUUCUAUUCUCCGAAACCAAAUGCAAUCACUUACUUGCAUCCUCUCUAAGGUAGAAGAACCUGUAGAGACCUACCACGAUGAAACGUCAAAAUCAAGAACAUUCUAUUUUCCUUCCCACAAUUUCACACUCGCAACAAUUUGGGCUCCUUUUCUCGUCAAAUACAGGGAAAAUGAUAAUAUUGCUAAUUCCAUACGAAAUAAAGAGUUCCAAGUUUAUCUGGAUACCCUCGAAGAAAAAUGGACCCAAAGUUAUCACAAAUAUGAUUACAUCGUAAUCGCCUCCGGCCAGUGGUACCUAAAAAGUAUAAUACUGUGGGAGGACGGGAAAAUCGUCGGAUGCCAUAAUUGUGCAGAGAAGAGCAUCAAGGAAAUAGGUGUAGAACACCCUUAUCGUAGAUCUCUUAAAACGGCAUUCAAUUUUAUCACUUCAUCAGAUCAUAAACCCUUGGUCUUUUUCCGAACUUGGAUGCCUGAUCACUUUGAAUACGGCGAGUGGUUCAGUGGAGGGAUCUGUAACAGGACUCGACCGUACAAAGAAGGUGAGUACAAUGGAAAGGAGUUUGAUCAGGUGAUGAGAGACGUCGAGGUGGAUGAGUUUGCGAAAGUGGUUGAAGUUGCGUCUGAGAGAGGGACUCAUAUUAAACUGCUCGAUACGUUUCAUCUUUCGUUGCUGAGACCAGACGGCCAUCCAGGCCCUUAUAGGCAUUAUCCUCCGUCUGAUACAAAUAAGACCGCGAAAAUUCAGAAUGACUGUCUUCAUUCGUGCUUGCCUGGUCCUAUUGAUACAUGGAAUGAUCUGACCAUGAAGAUAAUGGUGGAUGGAGGAGCUAUUAAAUCAUCUUCACACAUGUUCGUGAUUUAGCAACGUACAUAUGAUAAUAAUUGUUUAAAUAUCGAAGAACAUGGUUCAUGCAGUUGAUCCUAGAAAUUCAGAAUAAAGACUUAUUGUCCUUGGUAUAUCAUAAUUUCAUAUUAAUUUGUGUUAUUCGUUACUAUUGUAUUUGUAAGAUGAUGUAAUCCUAUAUAUUAAGUAUGUGUGUGCUGUAAAUAUACUAUUUGCAAAUAAUUUGGAUUC